CUUUUUUUUUUUUUAAAUAUGCAGAUACAUGGCUGUGGUGAUCGUCCUCGGCAUUGCAUACGGACUCUUGCAGUUUGCAUUCUCAAUCCGCAAGGCAGCAAGCGGCGCAGAGGGAAACUUCUGUUUGAUUUUUAUGGUGAAAAGAUUAUGUCAUACAUGCUGGCAAGUGGUGCUGCUGCAGGAUUAGCUGUGACGGUAAAUUAUCAAAACAAUUUUGAUUCAUUGAAAGUUUUUAGUGAAUUCUAUGAGAAGGCGUAUGCGUCAAGUAGCAUUCUCCUUCUCGCAUUUGUCCUCGCUGCCGCAUUAUCUGUGAUCUCUACAUAUGCACUCCCGAAGAAAGAAUGUGAAACCAGUGGUUGAUCAAAGUAUAUUUUCUU